GCCACGACGGAGCCCAUGGAGGAGUUCGCGUCGCCCGAGGCGCUGCCCGAGCGCGCCUUCUUCCCCAAGGCCUACCUGCAGCAGUACCGGCGGCAGCUGAACGAGCUCAUCAAUCGCAUGGAGCGGCUCGUCGAGGAGGAGGACAACCUCGAGACGGACUCGGACGCCGCCGAGCUCGAGUGGAACGGCGCGCAGCUCGCGGCGCUGCCCGGCCAGACGGUGUGGCACAACCUGCGCGCGCUGCGGGACUGCCGCGUGCUGCUGGAGGACGCGGCCGCGCAGUUCACGCUCAAGAUCCGCGAGAGCGCGGAGCUCGUGGCCGCCGAGCCGCAGCUGCUGGCGCUCGAGCGCACGCCGAGCAGCUCGUCCAUGCCCGUGUCCGAGUACAGCUCGGACGACGCUCUAGAGGAGGAGGAGGCGGAUGACGCGCUCGACGAGUUCCAGGACGUGGAGCCCGUGCGGGGCCGCAAGGCCGCCGUGGCGCUCAACAACGACGUGACUGCGCGCGUGCAGAGCGCGCUGCGGGACGAGGACGAGUUUGAGCGCUUCAAGGCCAACGCGCUACAGUUCGGCAUGGGCAACGAGUCGGCCGAGCGCUUCUACGCGUACUUGGCGCAGCACAUCCCGGCGCCCGUGCUGGACUCGAUCGUCGUGGACUUUGCGCGGCUGCUGCCUCAGGCGGCGCUGAGAAUGCCGCUGCUGAAGGAGCACUACCAGCACAUGAAGAACGAGCUGGCUAGACCUAGCAUGGCGCACUUCAGGAACAAGAGCUACAGCAUGGCCAUCACGUCCCGCUCCUCCACAUCGUCAAGUAUUGAUGAAGCUGGCAGCAGCGAUGAGGAAGACGAGGAGUACCCGUCUACGAUCCGGCUGCGUACGUUCAACCACCUCGUCUUCGUCAUCCACGGCAUUGGCCAGCACAUUGACUUCCGUGAUGGCGAGUUUAAGUCGUGGAACGGAGAAACGGGGGUGGAGGGCGGCAACCACGCGUUUCGAGAUAUGUUCCGUUCUAUGCUGGAGACGACCUUCCAAGACAUCCCGCUGGCUCUGGAGAUGCAGUCCAUCGAGUGGCAUGAAGAUCUUCACGAACCGACUGGCGUGGAUAAUAUUUUCGACCUGAUUUCCCCAGAAGGGGCCUCAGCAAUUCGUGAAUUCAACAAGGAGACCUUCAUGGACGUUCUCUAUUAUCUAUCGCCGCGGUAUGGCCAACUGAUCGUCGAUUCAGUCACGCAGCAGCUCAAUGACAAAUAUCGCGUCUUCAUGAACGAGCACCCAGGAUGGGACGGCAAAGUCUCUAUAUUUGCUCACUCAUUGGGCUCAAUGAUUUCCUACGAUAUCCUGACGCAUAAGCCGGGUGAGGUCGCCAGCAAUGGAGUUCGUUUCCCUGGUCUUGAGUUUGAAAUCGACAACUUCUUUGGAGUCGGAUCUCCUGUUGGCGUGAUGAUUCUGGCAAGAGGAGACCUCAACAUUGACGACGGAGAGUUCACCCCAGGAAUCAAAAUUCCAACGUGCCGUCGGUAUUUUAACGUUUACCACCCGAUCGACCCGAUUGCGUACCGUAUUGAGCCAUUGAUCAAGCAAGAAAUGCACGACAAGGAACCAGUGCAGUUGAUGCAGUACAGUGCAGUCAAGGAGCACACCUUCGGUCAGUUACAGGAGGCUUGGGAGGGCUUGAAUGGCCCAGUGCAUGGAUUCCAGUACCGUCAUGACUACGUAUUGCGCCGUCGAAAGCGCGAGCAAGGUAUGAUGGAAGUGGCGUUCGCUGCUGCCUCACACUCGUCAUACUGGAUGAGCGACGAUGUUGUCCUCUUCACUCUUAUGCAGUUGUGCCAGCCUGUGGUUGACACUUUGCACCGGUACAUGAGUGCUCGAGUCCCGUUGCCAAAGCUCAUGAGAAGCAUCGUGGAACUCACGCCCCACACGAAGGUGCUGCUGUCUGCAACAGCACUCGUUCGUGACCGUUGCACGGGUCUGUCGCGAGAGCAGAUCGUGCUGAUUGACAAGGACCGCCUGUAUUUCCUGUCACGACUGAGUGAAGUGGCGUGUCGCUGCAAGUGGCGAAUCAAACUGACUGCGACGACAAAGGCCGUGUACGGUGAGGACUCCUUCAUGAUGAACAUUAUACCCAGCGAAGCUGCUGCUGCAGAACCCGGCGCACCGCCAACGUCGAACAACGCCAUGCAGCCUGAAGUGCACGUUUUCAAGGCUCCGUCGACGCCAGUUCGCAAUGCGUGGAUGAAGGCUAUCAACCAAGCUAUUGCCAAGAUCGGCAGCUCUGUUGCAGAGGAGUCGUGUGACGCGUUCCCCAGAGACACGGCUAACCUCGUCGAUCUCCCGACUGGAAAGAGUAUGGAUUAUUUCAAUGCCAUCAAGGCGGGGUUCCUCAAGGAGAAGACAGCUAACGGGUGGUACGACUCGUGGAACGAUCGAUGGCUCGUUCUCCAAGAAGACCACCUGUCCUGUUACGAAAACUCGCCGAAGCUUGACUUUGUUGGACAGUUUCCACUUCAUAGGACGAAGGCAUUCUGCUUCGAGCGGGAGUACCUCAUCCGAGUGGUAGCUCGUCGCGGAGCUGCGUGCGAGAUGCGAGUGCAGAACCAGGAAUCCUUCAACCGCUGGGUGGAAGUCUUCGAACGGAUCCCUUCGGUUGAGAUCUUCCGCCACGAGGAUUUAUUAGAAAACAGCCCCAAGGCUGCUAAAUCGGGUGAAUGGCUUCAAACCAAGAUCGAGGGGCAUCAGAUCAAGCUGGACGAGAACGACCAAGAGUAUGUCGCCUUCGUUAUUCAGGUGGCAUCCUCGGCAGCUGGCACAAGUAUUGUUCAGCGCCGCUACUCGGAGUUUGCCAAGCUGCAUCGCCAGCUGCGCAAGAUGUUCCAACACGAGCAGAUCCCAGCGCUGCCUGGCACACGAAUGUGGAACAAGUUCGAACCGACCUAUUUGAAACAGAAAGCUAUCGGCCUGCACGGCUACCUGAACGAAGUGUGCAAACGGUGUGCCAACACGCGUGCUCAACCGAUACUCCUAGAGUUCCUAGAGCUCGCCCCACCGACCCCCUCUGAAAAAGAACCGAAGAAGUCGCCGAAGGAGGAAAAGACCGACAAGAAUUAA